AUGUCCAUGGACACGAUGCAGGCUCCUGGACAAUACCAUCAGUUGACAACUACUUCUACAUAUCCAUCGCCCGGCGAUGGUCAGUACGAUGAUCAACAGGAUCCAGAGGUAGAGGGCUAUUACCAUGAUCAACCUUACUAUCCUACACACCAUACGAGUGAGGACUCGAGAUAUGACACUCAAGCACAAGACCCUCCCAUCAUUACCUCCCCAUACAAUGCGCAAAGUACAGUCCUUCCUUAUCACUUCCGAAAUCAAUCCGCGGCACAUGAUCAAUACGAUGGCCCACCCAUACCACCUCCUAGGACUUCCUCGCAGUACCACAAUUCGUCUCGCAAUCCAGAUACGAGAGGUGCGACAACGAGACAGGCAAGGCAGGCUCCUUCGGAGUCACGGGUCGGUCGAGUUCAGAAUCGCGUCGGAGAUUACAAUGAGGAGCCGCGAGAUAGGCCGCGGGAUGAUACAGCUACAGCUGCUGCAGCUGCUGCACGUAGCCGAAGAAAAGGGCCCUCCAGCCCUGAUGGCCCGCAUCGAGCCGCAAGCACAAGAGAAAGAAGUCAGCAUACCUCUCCUUCUCAAAGUCGCUCCGAAGCUACCAUGCUCCCUCCCACAGCACCUGCACCACUGGUGCGCGAGUACAGCGAGGUGAUCAAUCGCCUCGUGGUGUCGGAUCCCCAAGUUGACGCCGAACGACUAAAAGAAAGAGUCGAAGAAGCCCGACCUGAUCCAAUUGGCGCAGACUCUGCCAAAGCCGAUGAAACAUCCGACGAUGUGCUCCCUGCCCCCGGCCCCGCGCGCCGACAGGACUAUUCCAAAGCUCGAAGGAAGGAGGUCCAGUUUGGUGACUACAUGCUCGGACAGACUCUAGGCGAAGGCGAGUUUGGGAAAGUCAAGUUAGGGUGGAAGAAGGAUGGAAGCACUCAAGUUGCCAUCAAACUCAUUAGAAGGGAAACGGUCGCUUCCAACCCGACGCGGCUCCCCAAAAUAUACCGCGAAAUUUCCAUCCUACGUGAUUUGGCACACCCCAACAUCGUCCGACUUCACGAGAUGGUGGAGACCGAACGACAUAUUGGCAUCAUCCUGGAAUACGCGUCUGGUGGCGAGCUUUUCGACUACAUUCUGAACCACCGAUAUCUCAAAGACCCCGCGGCCAGAAGAUUGUUCGCCCAACUUGUCUCAGGCGUAGGGUACUUGCACAAGAAAGGCAUUGUCCACCGAGAUCUGAAAUUGGAAAACCUGCUUUUGGACCAAAACCGAAACAUCAUCAUCACGGAUUUCGGCUUUGCCAAUACCUUCGAUCCGAAGGACGAGCUUUCGGAUGAGAUUGAAUACAACCUCGGCAACAGGGAGUUUGUACGGAAAUUCAAACUGGAUCGACUGGACGCGCGUGGAAUGCGGCGAGGCGACUUGAUGCAGACCAGCUGCGGGAGUCCUUGUUACGCAGCUCCAGAAUUGGUCGUGAGCGAUUCCCUGUAUACGGGUAGAAAGGUGGAUGUCUGGAGUUGCGGCGUUAUUCUGUAUGCCAUGUUGGCCGGUUACCUCCCCUUUGAUGAUGACCCUGCCAACCCCGAGGGUGAUAACAUCAAUCUCCUCUACAAGUACAUUACGACCACGCCAUUGACCUUUCCGGAGUAUGUCACACCUCAUGCAAGAGAUCUUCUACGUCGGAUUCUUGUCCCAGAUCCUCGAAAGCGAGCCGACUUGUUUGAGGUUGCUCGUCACAGCUGGUUAAGUGAGUUCCAUCACGUGGUGUCACAUAUCACCAGCAGUACUACGAACGUCGCCGAUAUUGCACACACCACUGUUCCAGCUGAAGACGAGCCACCUGCACUGAAUCGGAGCGCAUCUGUGCGGGAAGGCCCAUCCAGAACUGGGGCAUCCCCCGGUGCCCUUGGCCGUACUCCCGAAGGACUGCCGCAGGACAUCGAAGAGGUCUCCACUGGGUCUCGUCGCGAUCGAACUGCUCGACAUACUCUACAGCCAGAGUAUGUACCGCCUCAGACACAUACGGCUCGUGUGCAAGGCUCUGCGGGUGUGGCUCCGGCGACGAGCAACGCGCGGGCGGACGAGGCAUCUGCACUUGCCUCCACGCAGCCGUCGUCUCUGUCUAAAGCCUUACCCCAAGAUCCGCCACUCGAAAGUGCGCAGAGACGACAGGCAUCCGCGCACGAAAAGAUGUCACCGCCGGUCCGACCUGCUCGCGACAUUCCAAGAUCCGUCUCCGAUUCCACGAGCGCUUUUGGUGCAAGCCCCCCUAUAACGCAAGGAGGUCAAUACGUGACCAGACCAAGCACGCAAGGAUCCAUGACAUCUGCCAGCGGUCCUACCACCCGGUCCGAUCUUCGCUUGCCAUCUCGCGGAUCCUACGGCCAGCCCGUGGCGCCUACCGUUGCGGCAACUAACGUGCAGGGUCGUGUCACACAGCCUACGAAGCCCGUCCGAGGGUACAACAUUUCUGGCCCUCUUCCUCAGACAGGAGCACAAAACUCGAUAGGCCAACCAAUGACGACGCCGAUGCCGCAGCCGAGCCCACCGGUCUCGCAGAAAGCCAAUCAUCACAGACGAUCGAGCACCCUGAGCGGACUGGGAGAGCGACUGUUCGGCAGAUCAAACUCGGUGGUGAAGAAAGAUGCCGAGCGACAAAAGAAUGGUCGCAAAUAUCCUCCUACGAGUAUGAGAGAAUAUCCCCCCGAGACGCAACCGCGCAUGUCCACAGAUUCCAAGCGAUCGUUCUCAUUUGGACUUGGAAAGAAAAGAAGUACGGAUUUGGAGAACCAUGGGCAGACGGAAAAGCCGGUACGACGAUUUUCACUUCUUCCUAACUCGCUUUCUUUCAAGGGCCUGAUGGGUGGUUCAAAGGACGAACCGACCGUGACACCCGGUACUCCCCAAGGCGAUUCAUACGGCCAACCCUCCUCCAGCCGCCCGACAACCGGCCAAGAGUACACGGGUCCGCAGGUGACCAACACGGACGGCCAGCAAGAUGGAUCGAGACCAGUAGCGUACAACAAUUAUUCUCGGCCACCUCAGUCAGUGUAUCAACCUCAGAGAGGUGUGAAUCCACAGCCUUCGCAAGACGUGUAUGGAGGAACCGGGGUAUAUUCGCCUCCAGGCCAAGGACGCGCCCACCACCGUCAACAGAGUGAGCCCCUGUCUCGUAUGAUGGGCCAGUAUCCGGAAAUGGCGGAAGCUCCCGGCCGGGCGUCGAUGCAGCAGGGACGACAAGGGAGGGUAGUGCUGGUGAAGAACAACCGAAGGUUUGCUGAUGCUUACGAUCGCGAUCACGGACCUACUCAUCACAGCGGGCGUUCUGGAGCGGUGAAGAAGGUACAGGACUUCUUCCGUCGUCGACGUGCUCCUGGAGAUGCGUGA